AUGUUAGUGGUAAGGGUAGAGGGUGAACAAGUCAUGAUGAGUCAGAAUACCAAGAUAAGUAAGAGGUACCAGUUGAAUGUAAGUAAAGGAUACUGGUUGGGUGGCAAGGGCAUAGGGUUGAAUCAAAGAGAAAUGAAAGGCACAAAUCAGAAAAAGGAAAUAGGGGUGAUUGCCCAAAGUGGAAGGUGCACUGUGAAGUUUGUCAAUCCAGACGGCAAAGUAGAGCAGAAGAGAGGUCACUGGUGCAAUAUAUGCAACCAUUAUGAGGUGUACCAGAAGAAAUGUGCCAAGAUGGGACUAUGUGAGCAUCAUCAUGCAGUUCUGUGUGCAUUGGUGCAAGAACAGCAACAGGCAAAGCAACAGAGAAAAGUGAGUUUGUUGUCUGUGAUGAUCAGUCUGAAAUUCAAGGGAAUGGGGGAAUGGGCCAAAGGAUGCAGCCGAGGCCAGGAAGCCAAAAAGGAGCGCGAAGCACUCUGUUUGCUUCCUGUGCCGAAGGCACAACGGGUGUGA